UUAUCAAAAAGCAAUGCGUCCGGUAAAGAUGAAGUGUCAAAAAUGGCGUCUGGCAAGCAGGUCCACGUUGAUGUACUCACCGGCAGUACACUGCCACUGGUCCCAUAUCCCUUUCAUCUUCCACUUUAAUUUUGCUUCUCGGUGGACCACAUCUUCUACGUGUCUCAUCAGGUCUCUUUUUAGCUUCUUACAAAACAAAGUCCCCUUCCAAUUUACCGCAAACACACUUCUGCUAACAAUAUCUUCUCUGCAAGAAGAAGAAGAAGAAGAUGGCAGAAUUUUUGUUAUCGAAAUUUGCAGAGUCCGCUGUAUCCCAAACAGUCCAAAGAAUCACUGACCUUCUCAUCUAUGAAGCCGCUUCCUUAAGCAGUGUGAGAGAGGAUGUGGAGGUCUUGCAAAACGACUUGAAGUCCCUUCAGGGCCUUAUAAAAGCAGCAGACUCAAAGCAAGAACAUGACCAACACCUCCAAGAGUUGGUACGCCAAGUCAAAGAUGUGGCUUCUGAAGCUGAGGAUGUUAUCGAUACCUACAUCCUCAAAGUUGACUCCUCUUGCAUCAAAGCUUUUCAUAAUAAAAGAAUUCCACCCCAGAUCAACUCCGUCCGCGCUAGAAUACAAAACAUAAUAAAUACAAGCAUGCCAAUUUAUGGAUUCGUAUCUGCUGUUGGAGAGGGGACGAGUUCCAUUGUGGAUCUGCAGCGGCAUUUGAGAAGAUCAUCUCCAAAUGAUGAUGAUGGCGAUAAUGAUGUUGUAAGCUUGAAGUGUAGCACCAGCGCCUUAACAGAAGAGUUGACUAAGGAGGAAGACCGGCUGUGCGUUGUCUCUGUAGUGGGUAUGGGUGGUUUAGGUAAGACCACUCUUGCCAAGAAAGUAUUUAAAUGUGUUAAACAAAAGUUUGAUUGCUCUGCUUGGGUUUUUAUAUCUCAACAAUAUGUGCUAAGGGAUGUUUUGAUUGACAUCUUCCUCCAAAUUGGUUCUCCAAAUGAAAACAUGAAAUUUGAAAGAAUUAAUUCUGCCAGAGAUAUUUUAGAACAAAAGAAAAAAGAGAGGGAGUUUUUGAAUGCUUUGCCAGAGCACGAGCUAAUAGAUUCGCUCAAUGAUAAGCUGAAAGAGAAGCGAUUUCUUGUGGUUCUUGAUGAUAUUUGGAAGAUUGAGGCUUGGUAUUUUUUAGAGCGUGCUUUUCCGAAAGGAAAGAAGGGAAGCAAAAUUCUGUUUACCACACGCAAUAGGGAGGUAGCCUCAGCUGCUGAUCCACGGAGCUGCCAAGUUGAACCACCUUUGUUGACAUUGGAAGAGAGUUGGGAGCUUCUUAAACGGAAAGCAUUUCCAAGAGAUAUUGUGGAUGCCCAUGGUUGUCCACCAGAGUAUGAGAACUUAGGAAAGGAGAUGGCUAAAAAAUGUGCAGGACUUCCUCUUGCUGUUGUUGUGCUUGGAGGCUUGUUGAGUACAAAAGCUACGUUGGAAGAAUGGAAGAAGGUGAUGAGAGACGUGAAUUCAAACUUGAACAAAAUGCAACCAAGACAACAAUAUGAAGGGGUGAAUCAGAUACUAGCCUUGAGCUACCACGAUCUACCUUACUACUUGAAGCCCUGUUUUUUGUAUCUGGGCAACUUUCCUGAGGAUUAUGAAAUACACAAAAGAAAAUUGAUCCGAUUAUGGAUAGGAGAAGGAUUUAUUCCCAUGAGUACGGGAUCAAGAGGAGAGAUGGAACAAACAUGGGAAGAUGUAGCUGAAGGAUACAUGGAAGAGCUGAUCCAUAGGUGCAUGGUUCAGGUGGAGAAAAGGGACCAUACAGGAAGAGGUGUGAAAACAUGUCGCAUGCAUGAUCUUAUGCGAGACUUGUGUAUAAACAAGUCCAGAGAGGAAAGCUUUGCUCAGAUUAUGGAAAAGACCGAUGGUUCUGCAGCUUCAUUUAAGCCCUCGGGAGGUAGUCGUUCUCGAAGACUUGUCAUCCAUCCUGGUGUUGAUCUUCAAUAUCGCAAAACACAUUGGGCAUGCAACACCUUUUUCAGAAAGCUUGUUAAUCCAUGUUCUUCUUCUUUGGUGGAGUCUAAUUGGGUGGAACAGGUACAUCCCAAUCUUCGUUCUCUUUUGUGUUUGGAUGGGAUAUUUCUUCCUUCAUCAGCAUUAAAAUCAAGCAAGUUCAGAAUGUUGAGAAUGUUGGAAGUUGGUGUUAGUGUUGGAUGUUGUGAAUUUAUAGUUCUUAGAGGAAUGGGUGAUUUAAUUCACUUGAGAUAUUUAUGCGUUGAGAUUUCAGGGGGAGACUUCUGGCUAUCAUCCUCCAUUGGUAAUCUGCGCAAUUUGCACACUCUACAUAUUAGGAGUGACGAGAGUGUCAGAGGAUCAGUAGGCAUGAUAUCAAAAUUGAUACGUUUGCGACAUCUGUCGUUACCAGAUGUUUUGAGCGAUCAAAAUGGUUUUCGGAUAAAUAAACUAAAAGACAUUGAGACUCUAAAGAAUAUACCAGCUUCUGUGUUGAUUAGAUCAUAUGAUGCACUACACAAGUUGACUAAUCUUCGAAGCAUAUGGAUAUCCUUUGAUCGUGAUCAUUAUAAUUAUAAUGACGAUGAUGUGAGAAGGGUGUUGGGGUCCCAAAUCGUUCAAUCAGGCCGCCUAACAUCCUUGGCAAUAUGGAUAUACAACUCCGAAGCUGGAUUUCCAAGUCUGGAAUCACUUUCGUCAUGUCAUAGUCUCUCUAAAUUAGUUUUGAAUGGGAAGAUGAAAUUCCAACAACAACAAGGAUUAAUACAUCUUCCACAAAGCCUUACCAAAUUGACUCUCUUUAAUUCUGAAAUGAAGCAGGACCCAAUGCCAGUGUUGGAGAAUAAGCUACCAAAUUUAAGGUUUCUUAUGCUUUGUUUCAAUGCAUAUGUUGGUUCUAAAAUGGUUUGCUCUGCCCAUGGAUUUCCAAACUUAGACACUCUUCAACUCUGGCGGUUAGACAAUUUAAGAGAGUGGAUAGUAGAGAAAGGUGCGAUGCCGAGUCUCAAGAAAUUAACCAUUGAACAUAUUCAGAAAUUAGAGAUGAUUCCAAAAGGCUUGGAAUUUGUGACUUCCCUCAAAGAAUUGGAAAUUGUAGACAUGAAGAAUUCCUUCUGCGAGAAGCUUCAAGUGAAAAACGGAAUUGAAGGGCAGGAUUACUACAAAAUCCGACACAUAUCCUCUAUUUCUAUCUCUUUUCAGUAAUAUUCUGAAUUAUUAAUUUCAUUUCUUUUCACUGAUAGUAUAAACUAAUUUUUAUGUAUCUUUUUUUCUCUUUUUUUUUUUUUUUUUUGUUGGUUUGGUUUAAACGUUCAUUUGAUUUUAUUUUUAUUUUUAUUAUUAUUUUUUUU